GUUUCAACGUAGGCCAGCAGUAAUAUGAUGUUUAAGAAUUCAAGUUAGUGUUAUUGCGCGGCAGAGAUGGACAUACGGUAUCGCUCCCGUCGCGAGAAAUGCUGUUGUAUGCGAGUAGAGAAGACAUGUUAUAUUUUUGCCAUAAUUAAUGUGGUCAUCGUCUGCCUUUCUGCCCUCGCCUGCCUCUCCACAGAGGCGUUGAUCGUGACCAGAGUUGCGAUCAGCUUCAUUCAGUACAAUUUCUCCCAAUUCUUGCCCACAUGGAUCGUUAUAUUUCCCAUUUACGCCGUUGCCUGUUUUCUGACAGCUACUUCUGGAGUUUUUGCAGUAUUAUUGCUCCAAGGAAUUCGUUUGAAAAACCCUAAACUGGUGUUGGCGUAUCUGUUCUUCGGCUUGGUAGUGGAAACAGUAAUGAUCUCGGCCACUAUCAUCGCCAUAGCCUUUGUCACGGUUGUACGAAUUCCUGGACAAAAUUAUGACCUUGUAAAUGGCGGUAUUGCCCUGGCUUUUGUUAUAUGUGUAAUAUAUGGAUAUAUCCUGUGGUUGGUGCGGAAGACUUACAUUAUAUUUUUAUCAAGCCAUCAGAAUGAUAUUUUGAAUCAACAAACUAUGCUUUAUAUUUGCAACGAGUACUUACCUACCUUAGAUAGCUAACUAUUAUCUUAAAAUUGUUAUUAUA